AGAGAAAGAGAGAGUAAGUCAGAAGAGUUUUCUGUAAUCUGCGUCUCAUAGAGAAAGAAGUCACAUUUCUUUCGCGAGAGAGAAAGACGUAAAUGGGGAUUCUCUGCUUCGUACUGGAUUUGAGAAGCCUCUCGCCUUCGCUACUUCGAGACUUAAAGCAGUCACUAUUGCAGCUGGCGAACUACUACGCUAUCUACACUCCGAGCGGCGGCAAUAGCGGCCUUAGAACUCAGUCAAAGCCGCUGCUUGAUCGAAUUGGACUUUGCUAUAUCUUCACUAAUCGCAUUUCAUGCUCCGUCGAACUGAAGGUCGCCUAUAGUCCAACAGGAAACUUCAGUCUCCGUGAUUUUCACCAUGCUGUGAACAAUUUGCCUACUGAUGCUUUUUCUCCCGAGUUUGACAUUUCUGGUUCUCUAUCUUGUACUGAUUUGAAAAUUUCAAGCAUUCUAAGUGAUAAUGUUCUAUAUUCCUGGGGAGGACAUGCUAGAGAUAUUACAAGAAAAGUGUUUUUGAUUAGUGCUUGCAUAGUUCAGCAUCUGGAUGAUGAUACCAAAAAGGUUCUCAUGGAUGCAGCAGACAUGUGUGUUUCUGUGGAGUUUAUUUUCAUUCAGCACAUAACAAACCAUCUUGGUGAUGGUGUUGAGAAUAUUAACAACUUCAUAAAGCAAAUUGGUGAUCUUGAAAAUUGCUCAUUUCGAUCCUGUCUUUCAGAUGCACAUGUGUUUUCCAGAAUGGCGAAACAAUGGUUUCAGGAGCUGAAAGAUGACAUGGAAGAACCUCUACACUCUCGGUUUAUCUUCAAGUCCAAUCUGCUAUACAAUGUCAACCAGUUGUUAUGCAACUUGUGUAGAUGUUUCAAUCCUGUAGUUGAUGGGUUCAUUCCUUGUCAGACAUGUUGGUGUCACGGCAUUCCACUUGACAAAUCAAAUGUGGACCAGAGCAAGGGUUCUUAUUCUUGUCCAGAAACUGGACAAGAUCUUCGAGAAUUGGAUCUGAAUGAAAACUCUGUCAAAAUUGGAGAGAAUACGAUCUUGUUUAUGCCCUCCUUUGAAUGCCGUCAGAAGCUACCACAAAUAGUUUCACCAAUUGAUUUCCAUGUCAUUGAACGAACUCCUCUAGGGUCACUAAAUGAAGGGUUUAUUUUUGGUGCUUCAUAUGUUGUUGCUCCAUCAACAUUUAAUGAGUUUGAUGAGACUGACAAGUCAGAGCAAAACAAUCAACUUUUUCAAGUGAUCUGUCAUCUACUAAAUUCCCUUGAUCAGGGUUUGGUUUGUUCUUCAAAUUGCAAUGUUGAAAAUAUGAGGGAGACUUCCUUUCUCUGCUAUUACCUUCUACUGCCUUCAGAUAAAGGGAUGCUUCUCCGGCGGCUUGUGGCAUCAGAGGAAAUCUUGCCUGUUGUUGAUGCAAAUCAAUUUACUUACCCUACAAUGGCCAAAGAAAUGGAGAGCUUGGUUCGGUCCUCUUUGCUUAAGAUUGAAGCAAGUACCUACUGUCCACUACAGCAUGAGAGAGGCUUCCAUCAGAAACUAAACUUCCUUGUAAAAGAGAGUCUACAAUUUGGAGCAAUACCUCCUAAGAUUAGAGAAGCACCUGUAGACUUUUCGACUUUGAAAGACUCAGAAGAGGUUGUAGAACCAACCCAAGCAGCUGCAGUGGUUGUCACAAAAGAGAAAAUGCCACCACUAAGUGAAGAAGUACAGGAAAACGAAGCCAAUUCAUAUAUUGAAGAGGAAUGGGAACAAUUGAUUGUCACUGAACUACCCCAAAUACAUUCACCCAUACAAGUCUCCAAGCCAAAAUUGGAUCAUCCACUACCAUCACCAUCACAGAGCAAUAGGCAAAUAGAUGAAAAAACUUCAAAAAUCCUGGAGAGAUUGGAGAUUCCCAGGCAGUUAAAAAAAAAAGCAGUUUCACCCAAAACCCUGGGCAUUGGCACUUCUCAGACAUGCAUGCUUACUAAGAAGCCUCUUAUCCCUUACGGGCCUUCUCGUGCUGAUGAUCAGAGUACAUUGGCAAGCCAACCAAUAAAGCCCAAUUUCCAAAAGCUAAAGAGGAAAAGAUAAUUGAAGGAAAUUCUUAUGUCGAGUCCAAUGUCGCCCUGCACCGAAAUGUUCACGAGGUUGGUCUUCUCACUCUUUUUUAGAUGCAUCAUGCAUGAUCUUCUACCGUGUAAUAUCUGGUGGGCAUCUGAAGAACAAUGAGGUUCACCUUUUAUUGAUUCUGGGCCAGACAAUCUGGUAACUAAAAUUCUGUAAAACUUUGUCAGCAUAUACUGGUAGGAAAUUUUCAAACAGCUACUAGUCUACACAUUAAGCUCAUACCGCAUCAAUCCUCUGAAAUUUGUCUUCCAGAAAUACGCAUCAUGAAUCUUCAAAUGGAUGCCUUAUUUUGCUUAUAGCACCUCAUAUUCACAACUUCAAAAUUUCACAAUCUGUAGUUUAAUUUCUGUGGCCCCAGUCCACUUUUUAUAAAGUUCUUAUAAUGGAGUUGGAUAGCUUCAUGAAAAGAUGGGCCUUGCUGUUGAAGUUUUCAAACACUCUUGCGCUUUACAUCCCUAAAAAUGCUCAUUUAUACUUAUCAGGAAAACAUGAGGGCAUCCAAAUUUAAAAAAAAGAAAAAGAAAAAGAAAAACUCACUACUGGCAUGUAAGAUGCAAAAAUCACAAUCCAAUCCUAUCUACUGAGCAUUAGUUUACUUCUCUAUUCAGUUGUUUCAAGUGCAGCAACGAGGUUUGAUCAUUUAUUUUGCAGUAAUUUUCACUUCUGCUCCUUUCUUGUUUACCAUUAUAGUUUCUCUUUUAUUUGUUGUUGUUGCUGCUGUUCUUAUUUUUCUGGUAUCUCUAUACAAGACAAAGAGGAGAGUACCCUCAAACCCUUGCAUGAAGGAACUGUAAAUUCCAUUUUUAACCUAACUGGAGGUACGUUUUGAAGUUCAAUUCAUCUCUAUGCCAUGGCUAGCAUUUUUUCUCUUUUAUGCACAUGCACUAGCAUGAAUUUAAUCUUCACCUGGAAUAUCACAUUGCUUAAAAUAGAUAACAUGUUAGCCAUGGCAUAGAGCUCAACCUAGAAAAUCUGGACAUCUUAGGAGUUUUAGAUGAUGUCAAGAUGUCUCUCCUCUCUCACAUCUCAAGCUAAUUGCCUAGUUUGCAAGCACUAGCUUGGGAAAGCGGACAAAAUUUAGGCAUUUAUUUAACUUGCACUGCGACAUAAAAAAAUCUGGAUGCGUGCAUUAUCUGCAAAAGAUAGAGAUGAGAGUUUUACGGCAUAGCGAAACGUUAGAUUGAUGUUGCUUUUUAACCUUUUGAGUUAGACCAUUCCAUGAUUGAGCUUCUUUUUCCAAAUAAUGCUGUGUGAUUGAAGGCCCAUUGGUCCUGAAUAUUAAAGUGGCAUCCUUUAAGUGAAAGAAAUAUCAUGUUGGAUGAGACUAAUACGAAGGUGACAUGAUGCUCAUAAGUUGCUGAUUCCAGAAUCAGGAAAGGUGACGUAGGACUGGAGACGUGUUAUGACCAUUUGUGUAACUACCUGUCUGGAAGAAGAUAUUCCACUUUAGAUCAAGUGAUUCGUUUAUCGUAAUAGUGAUUGUGGGAAAUUGCAUCUCGUAAUUAGGCCCCACACAUGCUGUUAUAUGCGUUAGGGAGGUUGCUGGAUGGACGAUCCUGUGCUUCCGCGUCACCAUCAAUCUUGUAGAGUUAAGCAGGCUUCCCUGUCGACUUGUUGAAUCUGUAACUGGUAGGUGCUUGCUUGAAUCCAUUUGCAGGGGACAUAAUAUUUGUCUAUGUUCAAAUAAUUAGAUCUUUUAGAUCUAUCGGCAACAA